AUGUCGGAUCUUGAUGCAUCUCAGGCUCCCCAACCCAAAAGAAGUCGAUCUGUGUCUGAACAUGCUGUGUUGAAUACAUACCCUCAAGUCCUCGAUAGCACAGACAAAGGUGCGAAGGCAGGCUCGGCUGAGCCUGGCCUGCUAGAUCCCUCUACCAUCAGACGGUUCUCGAUGAGCCCCUUCUCCGAAGAUGGACGGCUUGCAUCAUCCACUUCACUCAGGGGCUCAUACCUAGCGCCGCCACGGUCCUCAGCUCUACGAGAGGGCUUCAGCGUCAAGCCGUUCUGCCAGUCGAUGUGGCAGAGGAACGGGGGCCCCAUCCUCAUCAUUCUGGCCCAGUUCUUCGGCGCCCUUAUGAACCUUUCGGCCCGGUUCCUCGAGGUUGAGGACGGCUUACAUCCGAUGCAGAUCCUCGGCGCACGCAUGACGGCCACGAUCAUGUGCUGUUUCGCGUAUAUGUGGUUCAGGGAUGUUCCAUCGGCGCCGUGGGGGCCUCCUGAGAUUCGAUGGUUGCUCAUGCUUCGGGCCAUGGCCGGAUUUGUCGGUCUCUAUGGCAUGUGGUCCUCCAUCGUCUACCUGCCUCUCGCCGAGGCCACAGUCAUCUCGUUCCUGGCUCCCAACGUCGCCGGCUACUUGUGCCGUAUCCUGUUGAAGGAGCCGUUCACUCGCAAGGAACAAAUUGCGAGUUACAUCGCCCUCGGUGGCGUUAUACUGAUCACACGGCCUGUCUCCCUCUUCACAUCUGCACCCGAUGCCCCCAGCACAGGGAUCGAGACGGCGGCGAACGGCACCGCGAGCACCACGGCCGGGACCGGCAUGGACUACGUGCCGACGACGGCGCAGCGCCUCAGCGGCAUCGGCAUGGGGCUGCUCGGCGUGGUGGGCGCGGCCAUCACCAUCACGGUGCUGCGGACGAUCGGGCCGCGCGCGCACCCGCUCAUCAGCGUCAACUACUUCAGCACCUUCUGCAGCGGCGUGUCGCUGCUGGCCAUGGCGCUGGGCCCGCCGCUCGACUACGACCAGCCGCGCCUGCAGUUCGCGCUGCCCGCGUCGCCACGCCAGUGCCUCCUGCUCGCCGCCGUCGGCGUCUGCGGCUUCGCCACUCAGUUCCUGCUGACCGCGGGCCUCGCCCGCGAGCGCAGCAACCGCGCCACCGGCAUGAUCUACACGGCCGUCCUCUUCGCCGCGGCCUUUGACCGCCUCGUCUUCGGCCAGUCCAUGGGCUGGCUCAGCGUCGCCGGCUGCGGCCUCGUGGUCGGCAGUGCGCUCUGGGUCGCCCUUGUCAAGGGGACUCCCGCCGAGGAGGAGGCCAGGAAGAGCGGCGGCGCUGCUGGUGUCGCGGAUCUUGAAGCCAGGGGGGCUGCAGGGGUUGUGGGUAAUGCUGGGGGUGAGGAUAUACCCAUGUUGGCGGACGUAGAUGGCAGUACAGAUGGAGAGUCGCAGGGAGAUGAUGUGCUUGAGAUGGAUGGGAUAGACUCGUGGAGGGAUUAA